AUGGGUCGUCGAGUCGUCUCUGGCAGCUGUCACCUGGCGGAGCGGAAAAACAGCGACUUUGCGGCUCUCCGGCAGUUGUCACCUAAUGGAGAGGAGCUGGAUGGAGGUGGGGCACGUGUCAGGGAGCUUCAUCCUCAGGUCCACGCAACAAGAGGAGGCUCUUCAUCGCAUCUAGUAUGCUCUCAGGAGGUGGCGACUCGUCUCCCAGCGGAUUGUCCUCUUCCUUACGACAGCUUGUUCGUCGAUCAAUCGGAGAUGAUUUACUUGAUAGAUUUGUGAUCCUUUUAUCACGAAUCGUUCAGCAAUUUUAGUAGCAAUGCUCCGUGAAUCGUGUUGACGAGAUUUUCGCCGAUGAUCCAGCAAUUCUGGUUGCUUAAUCCUUCACUGGUGAUCUGCAAGAAAGUCACGAUAAUUAAAUAAAAAUAUAUGAAUUUUAACUCUAGAAGGACUCGAACCCACGCCAGUCGCCCACCUCUUCUGAGGAAGGUGUGAUGCGGGUUUAGUCCCACAUCGGUUGUGUGCCGAUUUUUUGGGCGAAUAUAUAGUAAUGUUGGCUUUCUAAGCAAAGUCCCUUCUCUUGCGUGUAUGACCACUCCUUGCCCCACAGCCGGCUGGCCACUAGUGGCGUGGAAGGGGAGUGGCGCACACGUGCCCCUAUCGGUCCAAGCCGCUCGAGCCCCUACUCGCGACUAGCCCCCGACUAAGCUUCCGACCUGCUUGCGGGCCCGGCUGGCCGGCGGGUCCUCCAUUUUAUAAUAUUUUUAUUUUUAUUUCUUGUUCUUUAUUUAUCUCAAAAGUAAGACUAUAAAAAUCAUAUAAAUUCAUGUAAAAUCACAUAAUUACCUAAAAAUUCACAUUAAUCAACUGAAAACCACUUUUCAUACUUUAACACAAAUAUAAGUCUAUUUAUCAUGAGUUAAGGCUAAAACUAUAUUAUUUACUAUUUAUUAACUCAUGAUAAUGAAGACUUAUCAGGAGCAGUAGAUUGAGAAAGAGUGGGAGAGAAUGAGAGAGAUGAUUGGACAGAAUGGGAUAUAUAUACGGCCAAGAUUCAAAGGCGCGCCAAGGCAUACUUCCCGCCAACAGUCAUUGACGUGACUCAGUCGUUGUAUAUUAAAUCACACAAAUAUUAAAUUUAUAAAACUAGAAAAUACAAAUUUUCGGAUAUUUAGAAGUAUUUCUGAACAAAUAUAUCAAUUAUAAUUCAAUAAAAUGUCCAAAAAUAGCGGUAAUUUUCCAAUUCAAUCAUAGGGAUGUAAUAUAAUAUCUGGUAAUUAUUCAGAAUUUUCUGCAAAGAAUACUAUUUUCUAUGAGUUUCAUACUAGGAAAUGAAAAGGAAAUAUAUUUAAAAUUCAUGGAAAAAGGAAAUAAGGGUGUGGACAUCAAGAUGACGUUAGCGCCCGGCGAACGCGUAUCAGGUGAAAAUAGAGUUCCGCCUGGCGAUUCGUACGUAAGUAAUUACAGAUGAUUUAAUUGAUCAAAUUAAGAUCUGUAAAAGCCGGAAGAAUUGUAAUGAAAUGAAGUAUAUUUAGGUAAAUUUAAAAUCAACAAACUAUCACUAAAUGAAAUGUAAAUUAAGUUGAAAGCAGGAAAAUAGAGUUCCGACGUCACGACGAUGAUGCGUCAGCGAUGCACCGGAAUCCUGAGCAUUCGGGAGGAUAGUCGUGCAGUGUCCAUGGCCUCAAAGGCUCUCCUUGGACAAGGACGAUGUGGGCAAUCUCUAGAUCUCCUUGCGAAGUCUAGAGAUCAAUGAAAUGGGUCAUCGAAUCGUCUCUGACAGCUGUCACCCGGCGUAGUGGAAAAACGGCAACUUUGUGGCUCUCUGGCGGCUGUCACCCGGCGGAGUGGAAAAACGGCGACUUUGUGGCUCUCUGGCGGUUGUCACUUAGUGGAGCAGAAAAAUGGCACCUUUGUGGCUCUUCGGCGGCUGUCACCCGACGGAGAGGAGCUGGAUGGAGGUGGGGUGCGUGUCAUGGAGCUUCAUCCUCAGGUCCGCGCAGCAAGAGGAGGCUCUUCAUCGCAUCUGAUACGCUCUCAAGAGGUGGCGACUUGUCUCCCGGCAAAUCGUCCUCUUCCCGACGACGGCUUGUUCGUCGAUCAAUCAAAGAUGCUUUACUCGAUGGAUUCGCGAUCCUUUUAUCGCAAAUCGUUCAGUAAUUUUAGUAACAAUGUUUCGCGAAUCGUGUUGAUGAGAUUUUCGCCGAUGAUCUAGUGAUUCUAGUUGCUUAAUCCUUCACCGACGAUCUGCAUGAAAGUUGUGAUAAUCAGAUAAAAAAAUAUGUGUUUUAGCUCUAGGAGGAUUCAAACUCGUGUCGGUAGCCCGCCCAUUCUUGGGAAGGUGAUGCGGGUUUAGUCCCACAUCAGUUGUGUGCCGAAGUUUCUGGCGAAUAUAAAGUAAUAUUACAUUCCCAAUCAAGCGCGUGUGUACGACCACUCCUUGCCCCACAGCUAGCUGGCCACCAGUGAUGUGGAAGGGGAGUGGCGCACAUGUGCCUCCAUCGGUUCAAGCUGCUCGAGCCCUUGCUCGCGGCUACUUCCUGACUGCGCUUCCAACCCACUCGUGGGUCCGGCUGGCCGGCGGGUCCCCCCAUUUUGCAAUAUUUUUAUUUCUAUUUCUUGUUCUUCAUUUAUCUCAAAAGUAAAACUGUAAAAAUCAUAUAAAUUUGUAUAAAAUCACAUAAUUACCCAAAAAUUCACAUUAAUCAAUUGAAAUCAACUUUUCACACUUUAACACAAAUAUAAGUCUAUUUAUCAUGAGUGAAGGCUAAAACUAUAUUAUUUACUAAUUAUUAACUCAUGAUAAUGAAGACUUAUCACACCCCCCAACUUAAAUCAUUGCUAGUUCCUUAGCAAUGAAAUUACGAAAAUAAAAAAUUACAAAUCUCAAACAUCAUAUUUCAAUACAUAAAAAAAAUACAAUUAGAAAUGAUGCACCUUUAGACACUUUGGACUCUUAUAUCAAGUAUUUAGGAAUGAUGUCAAGCACUUAAAUAUUUAAGCACUCCUUGGAAUAACAAUCUAGACUUCACUUCUUCUAUUCACAUCUUUAUCACUUCUUCACUCAUAGAUAUAUUUAGAAGAUGUUCCAAUUAUCAAUAAUCAUCCAAGAAUAGUAUUGAUCCUACAUUUCCUUUUUUCCAUGGCUUGAUUUUUGAAGUUUGCACUAUAUUUCUUCCUUCUUUUACAAUGGAUAAGUAGCUUUUCCUAUAGACAAAUUUCGACAAUGAAAAUGAUGUCUCACCAUGUGUACUCUUAAUUUUCAGGGCUUUCACUUUAUCCACUUAUUUUGCAGCAAGUGUUUUUCUAUACAUGAUUUUUGACAAUGAGAAUGAUGUCUCACACCCUCCAUGUGUACUCUUCGUUUCUAGAUUUUUCACAUUGCUCUCUCUCUCUUUUUUUUUCUGAAAUAAGUGAUUUCUCCUCACAAGUCCUAUAGAUCUGGGUGCAAAAAUCUCUAUUAAACUCAAAUGAUCAAUCAAAUUUUCAAAUCAAGUAAAUACUAUCCAUCAAGAUCAUGAAGUAAAAAUCUAUAAAAUCAAAUCCAUGUUAUCUAUCAUGUAUCCAAGGAGUAUUCCAACAUUUCAUGCUACUAGAUCAUUCUUUUGACUCAAUAAUAAUCUUCCUAGUAUCUUUUGGUAUCAAUCAAUCUAAUUGAUUUUAUUUUUCAUGCAUGCAAUAUGAUGUAAGAAAUUUGUAAAUUAGAUAGUACUGACAGUUCUAUUUUUAACAACAAUAAAUUUGUCAAAAAUAAAUCAAAACUACCCUCUUUAUAGUUGUAAUUUGGAAUUUCAGUAAUAUAUGUCUAGGGCAUUGAAAUGUGAGAAAAGGGUCUCUAGAAUUUCAAAUUUCGGGCUGUUUUUUGUCUGCUAUUUUGGAAAUUCUGUUGUUCCUGACAGAAAACUAGAAAAUAGAUGUUGCAGUUUUUCCGAAUUUUAUUUUAUUUUUUAUUUUUUCAGUUGCUGUUCUAAUGCAAACACAUGUUCUUAAUCAUCGUACUGUAUAAAUUAAUAAUGAAUACUUCACCCCCCAACUUAAAAAUGACAUUGUCCUCAAUGACACAGAAAAAUCGAAACAGAAUAUGUAGAAAAUAUAAUUUUCAAGUGAAGCAUGCAUAUAUGCAAAGUUAAGCAUUAAAAAUAUUGUCAUAAAUGAUAAAGCUCAGAAAGACAUCACCUCAACCUUGUUUUUAAUUUUCCACUUCAUCUUACACUCCUCCUCCUGCACUUUUUUCAAAAAAUAAAUACAGAAACAAGUACUACGAAAUUCUAAGAAAAAUAGAGCUUAAAAAAAUCAAACAGAAUGAAAUAAAAACCAUGGGUUGCCUCCCAUGCAGCGCUGAAUUUAAUGUCUUCAACUGGACAGCUCAUAGAUCAUAUAAGAUGAUCUAUGACCAUCAAAAUAUAUUUGUAUCCCAAGGUAAGUUUCAUGAUAUUCUUUUUCAGAUUUAGCAUAAAUUCAUGUACUUCAUAUAUAUACCUUGACAUACUUUCAGCCAAAAUGGAAAUUAACAAACUUUUCUCAAAAUUAAUAUUUCCAUUUUGAAAAGAAUCUUUCCUCAUUUCGUCCUUGUUUUGUAAGGCUCUCAUUCAUUAAUAAAUACUUUCUAUUAAUAGACCAUAAAAUAUGAUCAGGCCAUAUAAUUUUCAAAUUAGCUCUUACCCAAUCUAGAAUUUUUUCAUCUAAAUUGAUAUCUCUAAUUCUUCCAUUCAUCCAUUUCUUAAUGUCUUCUUUUAUCUGCAUAAUCUUCCCCUACUCCAUUUUAUCUUCCAUACAUAUUUGUUCAAUUUGGGAGGAGUGAAAUAUUUCAAGCUUAGAAAUAAUUCUAAUGGGCUGUGGGUUUUGAAGGAUGGAAGGAUUGUCUUCUUUAAUCUUAGAUCUAAUGAAUUCAGUAAAAUUCAAAUUUUCUCCUCCAAAAUUAUCUCUAUAUUCAUAUCCAUUAUUUUCGUUUCUCCCCAUUAGUUGAAUCAAUUCUUUUUCUAGCUUUUCGUUUCUCAACUCAUCAAAUUCUUCAUCUUCCCAAGAGCUAUCUUUUAAUUUCGGUAUAUGAUAUACAUCAUCAUCCUCACAAUCAACAUCUAUGGCUGCAAAAUUAUGAUUAGAUUUAUUAAUUUCGUCUCCUACGUCUCCCAAAUCAACUGAUUUUUCCUCACCUGAAAUAUGUUUUUCUUCAUUUUUGUCCUUACUCUUUUCUACUAAAAUUUUGAUGAUUUUUCCAUGAUCAGCUGCUGCUUCUUCAUCUAAGGGCUCUUUUUCCUCAUCAUCCUCACUAUAUUCAUUCAUCAAUUGUGAGCAAUAAAUGAUUUUAUUCAAAUUUUCUGCUACAAUAUUUUCAGCAUUAAUAUUCUCAUUUACUUCUAAUGGCUCAUCAAUUUCUUCUAAUAAUUAGAAAUGAGGAUCAGGUAAAAUAUUCUCACUCAAUGUAUUCAUUGUCCUAAUAUUUUCAUUUCGUGAGUUUUUUUCUAAAUUUAUCGAGCUAGACUCUCCUCGCUGAAAUCCUACUGUUGGACAAUUUUCUAAAUUUUCUAUGGGCUGACUGGGUGGCUGUCCCUCUUCUCUCCUAUUCUCAAAAGCCUCUAUAAUUUAUUUUUGGUGCAACAUCAUUUGAUUCAUAGUUUGUUGCAUCAUUUGGCUCAUUUGUUGCAUCAUAUCUAUAGUAUCAGGUUGGGUUUGAGAGGACUGAUUUUUCUGAAAUCUGUUUUCUUGUUUUGGACGAAAUUCAGAGUUUGAAUUGGAUCUAAGUGCUUUUGGAUUUUGAAUAUUAUUUGGGUUUCUCCACGAAAAAUUAUUCCCCCAAUUAGGAUUAUAAGAAUUAAAAAAAUAUUCCCUAUUUUUACUAAAAUCGUGGGGUACUUGCACUUGUUCUUGCUUAGGAUGAUAUUGAAAUUCGAAAUGAUCAUUUUCACCAUACCUAGGACAAGCACUAUAUGCAUUCAAUUGAAGGUUAGGAAGCUUUCUAAUAUUCUCAAUAAGUAAAUCAAGUUUUUCUAAUCUUUGAUUAAUCUGAUUGACCUCAUUUCUAAAUUUAGAAUCAUCAUCAUGAUGCAAUUCAUAAAUUCCUCUCUUCUUAUCCCUAUCAUAUAAUUCAAAAGAGGCUUGAUCUCUAGAAUUUUCAUUUAAAUUCUCAUAAAGACUAUAAAUCUCAUUAGGGGUUUUCUCUAUAAAAGCUCCUCCACAUAUAGAAUCAACCAUAUUUCUAUGUUGUUCUAAUAAUCUAUCAUAAAAAAUUCUAUUGAGCUACCACUUGGGUAUAGCAUGAUGAGGACAUUUUCUAAGUAAAUCUUUGAAUUUUUCCUAUGUCUCAUGUAAAGUUUCUCUUGGUCUUUGAGAAAAACUCCAUAUAUAUUUUCUCAUAUUUUGAGUUUUACCUAAGGGAUAAAAUUUUCGAAGAAAGGCCUGUUCUGGUCCUUCCAGCUAGUUAAUUCUCUAUCUAAUAUGGAUAGCCAAUGACUAGCUUUGUCCCUAAGUGUAUGAGGAAAUAAUUUCAUCUUAAUAAUUUCCGGUGUAACUUGAGGGAGAUUAACUAAAUCACAGACCAUAUGAAAUUUUUCUAAGUGCUGAUGAGGUUCCUCUAAAGUCAAUCUAUGAAAAUUAAAGAGCAUUUGAAAAAUUCUUGGAUUUAUUUCGAAUUUAAUAGUGGGUGCUAAUGGGACUCUAAUAUUUUGAUGCUCUUUGAAAUGAAUAAGGGAUAUAAUGAUUUUUCAUGGCCAUACGAUUGUUCUCAGUUUGACCUGUACUUCCUUCAAGAUCCAUCAAAAUUAAUUUUUCUUUCGGAUUUUAGUUUUGAUUGAAAUAAUGAAAGGAUUUUCUAGCCUUGGAUGCAAGGAUCUUCUACCAUGCAUAAAAAAAUAAAUUUGAGGAAAAAGUUUAGUAAUUAUUACCCUCCUUCAGUAUGCUCCAGUCCUUACUUUGCUUCUGUUCAUUCCCUUUUUUUUUCUUUUCUCUUUUUUUUUAAAAAGUCGGCAAAAAGAAAAUAAAACAAGAGUUAAAUUUUUUUGUGUACUCUAAGAGAAAAAUAGAAAAAUACUAAAUAUUAUGCAAUACAUUCUCAGCAACGGUGCCAAAAUUUGACAUGACUCAGUCGUUGUAUAUUAAAUCACGCAAAUAUAAAAUUUAUAAAACUAGAAAAUACGAAUUUUCGGACAUUUAGAAGUAUUUCUGAACAAAUAUAUCAUUAUAAUUCAAUAAAAGUUCCAAAAAUAGCAAUAAUUUUGUAAUUCGAUCAUAGGGAUGUAAUAUAAUAUCUGGUAAUUACUCAAAAUUUUCUGCAAAGAAUACUAUUUUCUAUGAAUUUUCUAUUAGGAAAUGAAAAGGAAAUAUAUUUAAAAUUGACGGAAAAAGGAAAUAAGGGUGCGGACAUCAGGAUGACAUUAGCGCUCGGCGAACGCGAAUCGCGCGAAAAUAGAGUUCCGCCCGGUGAUUCUUACGUAAGUAAUUACAGACAAUUUAAUUGAUCAAAUUAAGAUCUGUAAAAGUCGGAAGAAUCGUAAUGAAAUGAAGUAUAUCUAGGUAAAUUUAAAAUAAACAAACUAUCACUAAAUGAAACGUAAAUUAAGUUGAAAGUAGGAAAACAGAGUUCCGGCGUCGCGACGGCAAUGCUUCGGCGAUGCACUGGAAUCCUGAGCGUUCGGGAGGAUAGUCGUGCAGUGUCCACGGCCUCAAAGGCUCUCCCUGGACAAGGACGAUGUGGGCAAUCUCUAGAUCUCCUUGCAAAGUCUAGAGAUCAAUGAAAUGGGUCGUCGAAUCGUCUCCAGCGGUUGUCACCCGGCAGAGCGGAAAAACGGCGACUUUGUGGCUCUCCGACGGUUGUCACCCGACGGAGAGGAGCUGGAUGGAGGUGGGGUGCGUGUCAAGGAGCUUCAUCCUCAAGUCUGCGCAGCAAGAGGAGGCUCUUUAUCGCAUCUAG